GCAGAGACGAGCAGGAUUUAACAUCAGCAUCCCGGAGCAUCAGCAUCUCUCUGACAUCUCACGCUCGUCCCUCGUUUACUAUGUUGCUGCUCGGACUCUUGCCGCUGAUGCUGCUACGGGGGUGCGGUUGCCAGGCGGCAGACGUUCCCGAGGAUGUGACGGCAGAGUUCUCGGUCCGACUGUACCACCAGCUCCAGAUCACGGGGGGAGAGGAGAACAUCAUCUUCUCGCCCCUGAGCGUGGCUCUGGCUCUGGGCAUGGUGGAGCUGGGCGCCCGUGGUGCUUCUUUAGAGGAGAUCAGACAGGCCGUGGGCUACAGUCAUUUCAGAGAAGAUGAGGAGUUCUCUCUGUUGAGCAACCUGACCCAGGCCUUGUCCACGGAUGAAGAGCAGUACGUGGUACGGCUGGCCAACUCCCUCUUUCUGCAGACGGGGGUUCACUUCAACGAGGACUUCCUGCAGCUCAUGAAGAAGUACUUCAAAGCAGAGGUGGAGACGGUGGACUUCAGCCAAUCAGCAGCUGUGGCUGAACGCAUCAACUCUUGGGUGCUGAACCACACGGAGAGCAAAAUCCAGAACCUGGUGUCUGCGGACGACUUCAGCAGCUCCACCAUGAUCAUGUUAGCGAAUGCAGUGUACUUCAGAGGCAGCUGGAAGAACCAGUUCAGACCAGAAAACACCAGAACCUUCUCCUUCACCAAGGAUGAUGGCAGUGAAGUUCAGACCCUGAUGAUGUACCAGCAGGGAGAUUUCUACUACGGAUCCAUCCUCUUCAUGGGCAGAGUUAUGAAUCCUGAAGUCAUCGAGCCCUUCGACAACAACUUUGACAUGUAA